ACGCGCGCUGACCCUUACCGGUCACCAUCCUUUCCGUGAGCGUCUGGGAGAGGCUGAGGUGGGACUCGGGGGGUUCUGUGGACACAGAGGCAAAGUGUUUAGAGACGUGGUACCGUGGUUUUCUCCAGUGGUGAAGAGCGAGGCCAUCGCCAGGUUCUAGUCCAGGGGAACAAGGCAUUAUUGGUCCUAGAAGAAGGAAGAGGUUCCAGGCCUGGGAGGUCAUCAUUUCUGGCAGCAGCCUGACCUGAGAUACCUUGACCGUCUCUUCUGGGCAGGCCCAGAGCAGACAGAAGACAGAGCAUAUCCUGGAGUUUGUAGCCCUUUUUAAGAACAGGAGAAAAUGACCAAGGCCCAGGCACCGUUAUCAUUUGAGGACGUGGCCGUGAGCUUCUCCCGGGAGGAGUGGCGGCUCCUGGUCCCCGCCCAGAAGGACCUGUACCGGGACGUGAUGCUGGAGAACUACAGGAACCUGGUGUCAGUGGGAUACCAAGCCAGCGAACCAGGUUCACUCUUCCAGUUGGAGCAUGCAGGACCACUGAGGGCAGUAGAGGGAGCAGCUCCGAGGCCACCCUGUCCAGGCUAUCCAGCUACCAACCCACAUAUGAUCCUUAAUUUCGAGCACGGAGGGAAGCCAUGGAGCAUAGAAGAUGAACUGCAAUGUCAGUACUCUUCAGGAACUGCCGAUGCUGACUUGUCUUGGGACUAACAUUUACAGCUUCUCUGCAGAUGCACCGUGGUCCCUUUGCAGAAGGUGUCAGUGCCUCGCAGAUGACAGGGUAAUUGCGGCUCAUGGGGGGAAAUGAACUUGGGGAAUCUCAAGACAGAUGACUGCUCUGGUUCUACGUGGCAUAUAUUUACUGAUGGCCACAGACCUGCUGCCGGUUCCUGUAGCCCUGGUGAGUGUCUCAUUACGGCUUAGGCUCGGAUAAGGUACGGGGGGAAUGUCUGAGGGGAGAGGGCAGGUACAGAACUGAACAGGACAGCAGUUUUCCCCUUGGGUCUCAGGGCAACUUUGCCUCAGCUCUGGGUUCCUUUCUUGGCUGACAGAGUGGUGGGACAGCGUGACCACAGAGACCCCAAGACAGGCAAGGGAUGGUCAUGGGUACGAGUCUGGAUGGGGCUGGACAUUGCUGAGGCUGAGGCCAGCCCGAGGGGAAAGAGUUGCAAUUCUCCCUCCACUUUCCCCUUAAGAGUGCAGACGAGGAGUUUCAUUGGCUCAAACCACUGAGAACUGGGCUGGGAGCAGUUGAUAAAUUUGAUGUCAAGAGUUCGGGGUGAACACACAGGCUCCUGCUGCUUCAGGACCUCCCGCAGACAGAUUUCAGGAUUUGGAAUGGAGCUGGAGAGAUGGAUGGAUGUGGGUUGUGAUAGCGUGUGGCUUUUCUUCACCACUGAAAGGCACCAUUUAAAAGCAACACUGACGAAGAGUCCAGCCUUUAGAACGAGGGGCAGCUUUUUUUUUUUUUUUUUCAAUUCCUGACUCAGCCUCCCUCCCUGAGGGACUGGGAGCUCCUGACCGUGCGUCUCAACGUCCCAACCUGUGAGCCAGGGAUAAGAAUGCAGGGUCAGUCCGCACACCAAGUAGAGUGACUGAAAGAGGGUGGCGUUGCUGGUACACAGGAAAUCUCUAGCAAAUAGUAGUCAUAGGUCCCUUCUGCAUGAUUCUAGAGCCAGUGUUUUGCAAUAAGAUGAACACACAGCUGGCAGCCGCAUCAUCAAAUUCACCCCAUCUCUGUGUGACUCUCCCUAUUGACGUCCCAACUCCAUUUCUGUGUGGUUUUGGACACUUUGUGGGAUGAGUCUGAAUGACUCUGUGUGUGUGUGUGUGUGUGUGUGUGUGUGUGUGUGUGUGUGUGUGUGUGUGUGUGUUUGGGAGACCAAAGCUGGACAUGGGUAUCUAGACACCAUGCUUACCAGUAUUCCGGUGAAUUAAUCCUCUCCCAGAUAUGUAUGAAUAAUGAGACAUUACAUACCUCAGGUCAUCAGACCUUGUCUGCCAUGUCCUGGAAUUGAGUGACCUUGAGAAAGUUGAAUUCUCUCUGCCUCAUUUUCUAUCCAUGUAAAAUAGGAUAAGAAUAUUCUUUAACACCGAACACUCCGUGUUAACUUACGUGAAGGCCCUGUACUUCCCCCUAAUGCCCAACAUACAGAGAAGGUCAUCAAGCAAUUGUAUCUGUUCAUAGUUUGUCUGAACAGACUGUGAGCCACUUGUUGGGAAGUGGGUUAGAAAUACAGGAAAUGGUAGCUCUGUUCUAACGUCUUCUUUCCGUCGUCUGCAUUUCUCUCUUCCUACUCCUUCUCUUUUCCUCUCCUGCCUCUCAUUAUGCUCCCCCUUAGGUCACUAGGUUCUUCCAGUCCCAUUCUUCUUCCUUGUCGCUCAUCUCUAAGUGAGACCCAGGGGUUAUUUCCAGAACUCUUGAAGCCAGGAGCUCUCUCAAACAUCGCUCCCGCUUGGCUCCAGCUAGCACAUCUGACUGUGCCUAAGUCACCGGUACUGGACCUGUCCCUCACAGUUCCAUUUAUUUUAAUUUUCGUGUUUAUUUCUGGUGAGGGCUUGCCCCUGGGGCACUUGCAUUAAUGGAGUUUUUCCCCCCUCGUUCCUGCUGUCAGCUUAAAAUUUGUUUCCAUAAAGAAGACCCCACAAAGCACAGGCACCCAGGGGAAGAAGGAAACCCAGUGGACAUCUUGGGGUCCACUGCAGAAACUUUUAGUCCGUGGCAAAACAAAGCAGAUGACACAGGAUCCCUAAGACCUGGUUUCCGGGGGUCAGCUCCCACACCCACCACUAACUAAUUGUGUGACUUUGGGCAAGAUUUGCACUGUCUGGGUUUCAUUGUCGCUACCUGCCAAAUGAGAAGAAUAAUUACUCUAUUUAUCCCAUUGGGUUACAUGGGCAUUAAAUGAAAUCACUGUAUUCAAAACCCUGAGAGCUGGCACAGAGUCAAUACUCAGUGAGUUUUCACUAAUUCCUUAUUAUCCUUAUUGUCCUGGUCUUACAAAGCAUAGGUUAUAGUGCACGUUUCAUUUGGAGCCUGGAGCAGGGCUGGGAUUUGGUGGGAUUUGAUGUAUGGGAACCAUGUGUCACCUUUCCAGAAGGAAACACUAGUUCACCCAGCCCCAAUUUGAUCCAUGACCUGGCUGUGCUAUUCUCUCGCGCGCACGUUCUGCAGUUUCUGGUCCUGAUGGUGCCCUCGCUGCUGGAGAACAGGAGGGUGGCCGUGUCGACGAGAGUCAGCGUGAGCGGGUUUUACAGGAACUCAGCAAUACUGUCUGUGGGUGUCACAGCUCUUUAUGGAGCCGGCACUGUCACUCUAUAGAAAAGUCUCCCUGGGACAGACAAGCCAGUGGGUCUUGUUACAGUCUGGACUGAAAGACAAAUGUUAGAAGGAAGACAUAAUUAGGUCGCAAAACGCAGAGCUGUGGCUGAUAGUCAAACAGAUUUGCAGGUAGAUCUGACUAGUCCUAGACUGUAACCCAGAUCUCUCACCUCUGUUCUUCAGGCCUAGAUGCUUUCUUUACUAGGUGGGGCACUCUUUGUCCUUACUAUGGGGAGCCUCUCGGGAUAUUCAGACAAUACCAUCAUUAUAUAUUGUCGUAAGACCUUUUUCUUAAGCAUGAGAUACAUGUUCCCUGGUACACCAUAUUCACUUUAGAAUGGAAAAAAGCAGGGGUGCC